AUGGAUGAAGAGUCUGAAUCCCGUCCUUCACCAGAUAAUUUCUUGGAAUACUUACCCUGGGCUUGUAAACAGUUACAGAUGCAGUGCGAAAUUGUCGUCAGCAAGAUAUAUCAGAAUGAGUACGUAAGCGUGACUAUGGCUGAAAAAUCAAAGAAAGUCAAAAGCAAGAUUAAACUAACAACAUCCCGUUACGACGUUAACUCAGACCAGGACCGAGAUGACGCUUCAGAGGCUGGGCUGCAACCGAUAGUCGCUGAUAACAAGGUGAUAAGAAUAUCAGCUGUUUUUGACACAUUCGAUAAUCUAGUAGAAAUACGUUUCGAGAGGAACUUCCGUAUACCACGAAUGGUGUUCAAGGUGAUAGCUCUUAUCAUAAAAUUCCAGUUAUUCGUCAACAAAAUCACAAUCAGAGGCGGCAUGGACAAAUACACGGUGUACGAAAUAAAUAAAUUGAUGACGUCAUCGAAUUUAACAGAAAUCUGUUUCGACGGAUCCUUCCUCAAAGAAGCUAAUUACGACAUACUUCUAGAAAACAGCACAUCUAUUAGAAGCCUCUCUUUAUCUAGAUGUAAAAUCGGUGAUGACGUCAUCAAGAAAAUAUCAGAAAAAUUAACAUUCCCCGCGCCAGCCUCACUUACGUUAAACAUACUCAAUAUAUCUACAAACAGAUUGACGGAUAUUGGAGCUAAAUAUAUAGCGGAAGCUCUACGUACUAAUAGAAGGCUAUGUUACCUUAAUAUAUCGGGCAAUAGAAUCACUGAUAACGGCUUAUCAUAUAUAUUGGACAGCUUGGUAGAAUUUCCAUUAAGCUGUGACGAAUUAAUAUCAGCUAGAUCAAGACAUAUGCUUUACCUCAAACAAAAGAAUAUUCUAAUAGAACGAAUGAUAGAAGAAAUUAAAGCAGGUGAAUUUGAUAAACGUGUAGCAAGAAGAAAGUCUACUAGAGUACCAGCUGUGAGAAGAAAUAAACUGGAAAAAGAAUCUUCACUUAAAUCACUAGCUGAUGCGAAAAGUCUCGCUAAUAUGGACAUAUUCUAUUACGACAAAGCUGUGAGUUUAGUUGAGAAUACCUUGGGUGAAUUCAACGAUCCCUAUAGUUCUUCAAACACCAUAGAAAGACACGGAACAGUGUAUUGUAUGGGAUGUAACACUUUAUGUUAUUUGAAUGUGGCUUAUAAUAAUUUAUCGUAUUUAUCAGUGAAGAAAUUCCUUAGCGUUUUGUUACACCAGAAAUUAAUUGAUAGAAAACCAAGAGGUUUGAUUAAUUUGUGCAUAGAAGGUAAUAAUUUGCCAUCUUCUUGUAGAGAAUUUCUUCAAAUAGACGAUCUUCUAGAUGCAGGGCUUCUGAUACAUUCUAGAAGAUACUCAAACGCAUCCAAAAAACGCCCACAAUCAAAGAAUACGCCGCGCUAA